AUGGAAGACGACCAGAAAGUCGCAUUUGUCUCGGAAGAAUUCGGAAAUGAGGACAAUGCAUUAACAUUAUUAACAUUAAUUUCGAGCAUGUCAUCAGAGGGUUAUGAAAUGCCAAGGCAUGCCCCUAAG